AUGCUUGUUGAUCUCUCUGAGGACAACUGGGAUCUAGAGUGUACUGAAGAGCUUUCUGAUUUUGCAGACAUGACUAUUGUUAUAGUUAACUCUGUAUCAGGAGAGGGUUACAUUGAAGUCGAUUACAACUACGGUGACAGGAACAACGUUUCCUUGUGGCAUAACGGUGACGAACUCAUCAAGAGGGUCACCGAGGGUUGCAAAAAAACUGUUGUGGUCAUCAAUGCUGUCGGUCCUGUCAAUAUGGAGAAAUGGAUUGAAAACGACAAUGUAGUUGCAGUCCUCUUUGUUCCCCCAUUGGGCCAAUUCGUGGGAGUUGCGAUUGCUGAAGUACUCUUCGGAGAAGUCAAUCCGUCUGGAAAGUUGCCAUUUACAAUAGCCAAAAAGAAUCUGCAUUAUGCCGAUAUUCGAUACGAGUUGGGUGACUGUUGUGAUCCUCAAGAUACAUUCGAGAGAGGGGUGUACCUCGAUUAUCGAUUCUUCGACAAGCAUAAUAUCAAACCUCGUUUUGAAUUCGGAUACGGCUUGUCGUAUUCGAAAUUUCUGGUGACGGACCUAGAGAUCUACGAGAUCAAUCCUCCUUCUGAAUAUCUUCCUUGUCCCUCUGACUACAUGCCCAGGUUUCAUACUAUCGACGAUGACAUAUGUGAUCCGGAGGAUGCACUUUUCCCACAUGACGAGAUGGACCCUGUUCCUGGAUUUAUCUACCCUUACUUGUACAACGAAGACGUCAGGUCACUUGACGAAGAUGAUUGUUACGAUUAUCCUAAGGGCUAUACUCCCGAUCAGAAGUGCGAAGCUCCGUUAGCGGGAGGAGGGCCAGGAGGUAAUCCAGCAUUAUGGGAAACCCUCUACAGAGUUUCUGCCAAGGUCUCGAACGACGGAUCAAUUGGAGGUAACUACGUUGCACAGCUCUACAUUGAGUUCCCAAGUACCAUAGUCGCCUCUCCGCCGAGGAUACUCAGAGGCUUCGAGAAGAUUUACUUGGAGCCUAAAGAAUGUGGGGAAGUUGAGUUUGAGAUCAAGCACCGUGAUUUAAGCAUCUGGGAGAAAGAGUCUCAGCAGUGGAUUAUCCAAACAGGAACGUAUAAAUUACCACGCAGUCCCUUAAAACAGAAAAGCCCUAUCAGAGCCACAAGAUCCCUUUCCAAUAAGUACGACGAGUAUCUCACGAAAAGACCCUUGGCACCAAGAAGACUUAACAAUGACACGAAUUCUAAUGGGAGGAAACUAAAUUCGCCAAUAAAAAUUUUAAGGGAAAAUGAACUCCAUCGACAAAAACUCCCUAGGUUAUUUCGAGGACUCUCUCCACCAAAGCUCAGCGAGACUCAGCAUAGUGUGAUGAAAAGUAGAUCGUGGCAAGGAGCCAAUAAUCACCUUUCCAAGCAGAAUACGCGAAACAAAGAGACCGUGUUCCUGAAACUACGAUCUUUUUUGUCUAAAAUCAGUACGAGUGAAGACUCAGAGUACAAGCAGCUUAAGGACUCCGCAGGACUAACUGCUCCUCAUGAGACACCAACGACUCGAUUGACACCAGCUAGAAUUGACGGUCGCAGAACUCUUGGACGUCAAUGGAAUAUGUUGAAUGAAAGAGAUGAGGUUGACGAGGAAGUGAGGAGAGCCAAAGCUCGUGAAGAAGCGAAACGCCUUAAUGACAGGAUCAAUGAACUUGAGAGAACACUAGAUCUGGAACGAAAAAGCGCUCAGGAGACCAAGGAAGAUCUUGAGAGGCAGCUAUAUCUACUUAAACGUGAUAACGAAGCCACAACUCACAGUUUGAAGGAGGAGAUAAGAGAACUUGAGUUUCGUGCUAGCAGAAGAAACAAGGAGAUUGAAAGGCAGAGACUUUCACAACUUCGAGAAGAGGUUUUGCGGGAGAAUGAGUCAUUUUUGAUUCAACAAAAUACCAGAGAGCAGAACUUGAGAAGACGUGAGCAACAACUCGAAGAGUGGAAUAAGAAGCUCAAUCAGACAAGAAUCGAAGUGGAGAAGCGUGAGAUUGACGUAAAGCUGAAGGAGGAGUACCUUAGGGUGUUGGAAAAUCGUCUCAAGACGAGACAAAAUGAAGUAGAGGCCAUUGUUGAGAAGAACCCUCUAGAGGAGGUAGAACAAAUGAUAACAGAGCAUGAAAGUGAUCUCAAAACAUUUAGGGAGACGGUUCAUUUGGUGAUCGAGGAUACCAGAAGAGAAAAUGACCAAAAUCUUCUGGUUCGGCUUCAUGGCCUUCUAAAGUCUACCGGAGCUCAGAAUAAGAAGGAUGGGUAUAACAAAUGGAAGACCCUCUUCGCAGACUAUAAUAACUAUCUUGAUGAAUAUCAUCGGGUGACUAACAAGGAAGCUCUCGCAGACAAUUACAAUCAAAAAACUCUCGAAAAAAUUAAGGAAAACUUUCGCCAGCUACAUGACGAGUUUCAGAGUAAGGUUUCAAGAAGAGCAUACAGAAUCAAUCAGCUAAAUAAUCAGAUAAAGAAGAGCUGGGUCAAGCGUUUCGACUUUGACAUUGUGAAAGCCGAAAGGAUUGCUCAAUAUCUCACUAUUCGCUCAGAGCUUCAUCACAAGCAAAAGUGUACAUUAAAGAUUCUUCAAGAGCUCAAUGUGCUCAUCCAAAAACUAGAAGCGGUAGAGGCUGAUAUCGCGUAA